GUACACCUUCUCCAGCUGCUGUCAGCCUGUCCUGCAAACCUGGGGUUCACACGUGUCUGAGUGGAGCAUCCCCGGGACAGUGCAUCGCAGACACUGAGGAGACAUGCACUCGGGCCCUGGGCAGGAGGAGGACAGCAGGCGGACAGCAGACGGACAGCAACCCGGGCUCAGGGAGACCCCCUGACUGAAUGUCUGCAGAGAGCCCCACUCAGCCCCACCCCAACCCUGUGAACAGAGUCACAGCCUGGAAAGGGCCAGUUCCCCUUCCUGGGGCUCAUGAUGUGACAGCCCCAUGACGGGGAGGGCCCAGCCCCUGAGUGCUCACACCCUGCGCGUCUGUCUGUCCUGCCUGCACCCUGGUCUCCUCCGUCUACACAGCCGGGACCAGUGGGGGAGACGCCAUGACCCCGACCCUCACGGCCCUGCUCUGCCUUGGUGAGAUGCUGGGACCAGCCUCUCAUUUCCCUCCAGGGACCCUCCCCAGACCCACCAUCUGGGCUGAGCCAGGCUCUGUGGUCACCCUGGGGAGACCCGUGACCAUCGGGUGUCAGGGGAGCCUGGAGGCCCGGGAGUACCGUCUGGAUAAGGAGGGAAGCCCAGAGACACAAGCUUCCCUGGAUCCUGGGGACAAGCCAUCCACCACAUGGCACUACGCAGGGCGAUAUCGCUGUCACUAUCUCACCUCUGCAGGGUGGUCAGAGCACAGUGACCCCCUGGAGCUGGUGGUGACAGGAGUCUACAGCCGACCCGCCCUCUCAGCCCUGCCCAGCCCUGUGGUGACCUCAGGAGGGAACGUGACCCUCCGGUGUGGCUCAGUGCUGGGGUUCGGCACCUUCACUCUGAUUCAGGAAGGAGAACGCGGGCUCUCCUGGACCCUGGACUCACACAGACUCUCCUCCGGGCUGUUCCAGGCCCUGUUCCCCGUGGGCCCCGUGACCCCAGGCCGCAGGUGGACGUUCAGGUGCUACGGCUCCUUCAGGAACAGCCCCCAGGUGUGGUCAGAGCCCAGCGAGCCCCUGGAGCUCCUGGUCCCAGGUGAGGGGGUCCCGUCCUCGUCUCAGACAAUGUGGGGAGCAGACAGGCCCAGGGUGGCCUCAGGAGAGAACGAGACCCUGCUCUCCAACCCAGCUGCCGGCGCCCAGGACGAGAACCUCUAUGCAGUCCUGGAGGACGCCUGGCUGGAGGAAGGGGUGAAGCAGGACAGUCGGCUUAUCUGUGAUUUCGGCCACAACCGUGGCACUGGGGAGUUCCUGCUUACGGGCGAGUAUGAGGGGGACGCAUCCCUGAGCUCGUCUUCGGCCAGCAUCCUCACGGGCUCCUCACAGGCCUCCUUCACACGCUCUCUGUCCCUGCUGUCCACCACAAAGAUCAAGCCUUGUGUGUUCUGGAAAUACAUCCAGGCCGCCCGCGAGGAUGAGCUUCAGUCUAUGCAGAAUCGUCUUCCCUGCAGCAUUCAGGCCGCCCGUGAAGAUGAGCUUCAGUCUAUGCAGAACCGUCUUCCCUGCAGCAUCCAGGCCGCCCGCGAGGAUGAGCUUCAGUCUAUGCAGAAUCGUCUUCCCUGCAGCAUUCAGGCCGCCCGUGAAGAUGAGCUUCAGUCUAUGCAGAACCGUCUUCCCUGCAGCAUCCAGGCCGCCCGCGAGGAUGAGCUUCAGUCUAUGCAGAAUCGUCUUCCCUGCAGCAUUCAGGCCGCCCGUGAAGAUGAGCUUCAGUCUAUGCAGAACCGUCUUCCCUGCAGCAUCCAGGCCGCCCGCGAGGAUGAGCUUCAGUCUAUGCAGAAUCGUCUUCCCUGCAGCAUUCAGGCCGCCCGUGAGGAUGAGCUUCAGUCUAUGCAGAACCGUCUUCCCUGCAGCAUCCAGGCCGCCCGUGAGGAUGAGCUUCAGUCUAUGCAGAACCGUCUUCCCUGCAGCAUCCAGGCCGCCCGUGAGGAUGAGCUUCAGUCUAUGCAGAACCGUCUUCCCUGCAGCAUCCAGGCCGCCCGUGAGGAUGAGCUUCAGUCUAUGCAGAACCGUCUUCCCUGCAGCAUCCAGGCCGCCCGUGAGGAUGAGCUUCAGUCUAUGCAGAACCGUCUUCCCUGCAGCAUCCAGGCCGCCCGUGAGGAUGAGCUUCAGUCUAUGCAGAACCGUCUUCCCUGCAGCAUCCAGGCCGCCCGUGAGGAUGAGCUUCAGUCUAUGCAGAACCGUCUUCCCUGCAGCAUCCAGGCCGCCCGUGAGGAUGAGCUUCAGUCUAUGCAGAACCGUCUUCCCUGCAGCAUCCAGGCCGCCCGUGAGGAUGAGCUUCAGUCUAUGCAGAACCGUCUUCCCUGCAGCAUCCAGGCCGCCCGUGAGGAUGAGCUUCAGUCUAUGCAGAACCGUCUUCCCUGCAGCAUCCAGGCCGCCCGUGAGGAUGAGCUUCAGUCUAUGCAGAACCGUCUUCCCUGCAGCAUUCAGGCCGCCCGUGAGGAUGAGCUUCAGUCUAUGCAGAACCGUCUUCCCUGCAGCAUCCAGGCCGCCCGAACCCUGGUCUCCUCCGUCUGCACAGCCAGGACCAGUGGGGGAGACGCCAUGACCCCCACCCUCACGGCUCUGCUCUGCCUUGAGGGGGGACGACUGGAGGGCCUGGGCUGGGAGCUGGGAUCUGAGGGGGGUGUCCUGGGACCAGCCUCUCAUUUCCCUCCAGGGACCCUCCCCAGACCCACCAUCUGGGCUGAGCCAGGCUCUGUGGUCACCCUGGGGAGACCCGUGACCAUCUGGUGUCAGGGGAGCCUGGAGGCCCGGGAGUACCGUCUGGAUAAGGAGGGAAGCCCAGAGACACAAGCUUCCCUGGAUCCUGGGGACAAGGCGGAGUUCUCCAUGACAAUCAUGGAGCAGCUGUCAGACGCCAAGACUGGGGAGUGGGAGAAAUUCUCAGCAAUGGCCCAGGACUACACAGUGGAGAAUCUCAUCCAGAUGGGCACGGCUGGCGUCUUCCUGGUGGUUCUCAGGCACUGCUGUUUGAAACUCAGCACAGCCAGAGAAAACCGGGAGGUGCAGGAGAGAGCUGUGCCCCACGCAGAGUGCUGUGGUCAACGUGUGAAGGACGCGAGCUGCCUCCUCACGACAUCCUGUGCAUCGGCUGAGCUGAGCUUCCACGUCCUGCUCAACAGGAUCCACGCCAUGUUGCCCACGUCCAUCAGCUGGGUGUGUCUCGGCUGUGCCUCCAUCUCCCCAGAUGAUCAGGACAAGCCCCUCCUGUUUGCCUGGCCAAGCCACACGGUCCCUCGUGGAGAAAACGUGACGCUUCUGUGCUACUCUCCUCUUAAGUUUGACACGUUCAGGCUGUACAAGGAAGCCGGGGCCCACGUCCCUGAGCUCCAGAACAGAGUGUUCAAGGACAAGUACCUCAUGGGCCCCGUGACCACGGCACACGGCGGGACCUACAGGUGUCGUGGCUUCCGCUCAGACUUGUCCUCUUCCUCUUCGGCACCCAGCGACCCCUUGGACAUCGCAGUCACAGGAGUCUACAGAGAACCUUCCCUCCUAGUCCAGCCAGUCCCCCUGGUGAAAUCAGGAGGAAACAUGACUCUGCAGUGUCGCUCAGAGAUCGUGUUUGACAGCUUCGUCCUGUACAGAGAGGGGCUAGUCGGGAAAUACUUGCACCUUGCCAGUCAGCUCCAUGAUGGGGGCUCCCAUGCCAGCUUCUCCGUGGAUUUCGUGACAUCUAACCAUUCAGGGAUCUACAGAUGCUAUGGUUAUCUUGCUCAACACCCUUUCAAAUGGUCAGCCCCCAGUGACUUCCUGGUCAUUGUGGUCUCAGGCCUAUACAAUAAACCUUCCUUCUCAGCCCAGCCGAGCCCUGUGGUGACGGCAGGAGAGAACGUGACCUUGACCUGCAGCUCCAAGCACUCCUUUGACAAGUACCAUCUCUCCAGGGAGGGGGAGGCCCAUGCGCACCAGCUCCCUGCAGUGCAGCGUGACCGUGGAGUGUUCCGGGCUGACUUCAGUCUAGGCCCAGCAAUCUCAGGCCACAGCGGCACCUACAGAUGCUACGGGUCUUUCAAGGAGUCUCCCUAUAAGUGGUCAGCCCCCAGUGACCCAGUGCACCUUUCCAUCCCAGAAAACUCUUCAAGAAGUUGGCCGUCGCCCACAGAACCACACUUCAAAGCUGGUAACUUGCGUGUUCUGAUCGGGCCCGCAGUGACCAUUACCAUCCUCGCCCUCCUUCUCUCCCUCUUCAUCCAUCGCUGGUGCACUGCUAAACAGAGUGAGUGUCAAGGAGAAGACGGUGUCGCCCGGCGGUGCGAGGGGCUGGCUGGGAGUGCUGCUGGCGUGGACCACGAGCCUGGAGUGGGCAGAACAGCCAGGGGGGAGGACCCGGAAGGAGAGCCAGGGGAGGUGACGUACGCGCAGCCGGAUCACUCGGCUUUUGCACAGAACAUCAUCGCUCCGACUUCCCAGAGGCCCAAGGAACCCGCAGCAGUUACCACUGUGUACAUGGAACUUGUGUUCAGACAAAUCAUUCACACAGAUGCAGCUGAGUACCAUUGUUCCGUGAGUGCUGUGGGUCUUCAUUUCCACUGGAAGCUUGGAUUUGCCAAGUCGCCCUCCGCAAGGAGGAUGGGACCUCCCAACCACCAGAAGAUUCAGACGCAGGAAGCACGGCACACACGAGCUACAGGGCGGCUGCGGCUACGCACACCGUGGUCCUUCCACCACAGCUACUGCCCGGCCUCCUGCUCAGCGCAGACUCCACACCCACUCAUGCCCUCUCCCUUCCAGCUCCUUCUAAAGACUGGCCUAGGGAUCUUCCCCACUCCUGUCAUAUCUGCCUCACCAAGCUCUCUGAUUCCCUGGAAUGGGUCUGUGAAAAUCCUGUGCCAGGGAACUCCUGAAUCCUACCUGUACCAGCUGGUGAUCCUGGGAAACGCCUCAUACAAGGAAGUAGAGAAGAGACUGGGCAUUCAGAAGGAGGCAGAGUUCGUCAUUAAGCACAUGGACACGACCACUGCGGGGCGUUUGCAGUGCCGGUACAUGAAGCAAUACAGGUGGUCAGAGUACAGUGAAGCUCUGGAGCUGGUGGUGACGGGCUUGUUCGACAAGCCCCUUCUCUCUGCAGAGCAGGGUGUCGUGAGGCUGGGAGCGAAGAUCUAUCUCCGGUGUGGUUCAGCACACGUUCCAUUUGAUAGCUUUUCACUGGCCAAGGAUGGGGAGGCUUCCCUUCCACCGCCCCAACACAGAGGACCCCAGGGCAGCUUCACUCUGGGUCCUGUGAACCGCAGCUUCUCGGGGAACUACAGGUGCUAUGGUUGGCACAGCGGCAGCCCUUACGUGUGGUCGGCCCCCAGCAACGCCCUGGAGCUUGUCGUCACAGAGGGAGGGGUUACUGCAGAACGGAGCAGCUGCUGGCUGCGGAGCAGGGCAACCACAUCCGUGCCUCACACCCCCUGGCAGAGAGGGUGGCGCCAUGCCAGCUGUGCGGGAGUCAUGGGACUCCAAGACCAUCCAGGCCAGGUCAGUCUCGCUCACGCUCGCCCUGUCGCUCUCUCUCGCUCUCGCUCUCUCUCAUUGAGGGCAUGUGUGCUCACCUACUGGCUGACCACUGGCGCGGCCACAGGGUGCCCCCCGCAGAAGGCUGGUCAGCCUUGGCAGAACCGAGCUGGAGGGGACAGGAACGUCGCUCAGAGCAGACCUUCGGACAAAUCCAGAGUGGCCGCAGGACAAGUGGCGCUCUCCCAAUCCAUGGCCCUGCUCGUCGGCAACCUGCUUUCCUGGAGCGUCCAGAAAACCCGGCUUCUCAGCCUGGCUCACCCUCAGAAAAUACAGAGCCAGUCCUGUAACUUCUUCAUGGGAAAGGUGCUUAAACAUGAGUCUCAGAAUAAGGUCUCCGAGCGCGUGGGCUCUCCGGGUGGGGACACAGAAACGCCAUUGCUCACGGCCCUGCCCAUCAUGAACGAGCGCGGAGACAAACUGACGUCCCUUUCACUUACGGAAACUGUUCAGAGCCAGCCCCCAGCCGGUGUAGGCGCUGGGCCUCGGCCACCACAUCCUGUCUGCCCGGCUGGUUCCCGGGGGCCCCAGCGCACUCUCAGCCUUGUCCCCCGGUCUACUAUGCCUCCAGCACUCGCCGCCCUGCUCUGCCUCGGCCUGUGUCUGAGCCGGAGGAUCAGCACCCAGACGCAGACGCUCUCCAAACCCACCAUCUGGGCCAAGCCCGACUUCAUGGUUCCCAAGGGAAAGCCGGUGGCCAUCUGGUGUCGGGGGGCGCCCAAGGCUGCCGAGUUCCAGCUGUACUUCGAGGGAAGCCUCUCUGCCGUGGAGAGACCGAGAACCCCGGGGCCGCUGAACCAGGUCAAGUUCCUCAUCUCGGCCAUGAGCUCACAAACGGCAGGGCAGUACAGCUGCUCCUACUGGACCGGGGAGCUCUGGUCAGAGCCCAGCCACACCCUGGACCUCGUGGUGACAGGAAUGUACGAGGACGAGGACGACGUCCCCACCCUCUCAGUUCUCCCCGGGCCUGAGGUGACCUCAGGAGACAGCGUGACCUUCUGCUGCCAUCUACAGACCGCCACAAGCACAUUCUUCCUGGUCAAAGAGGGGAGACCCAGCCACGUGCAGAAAAAACAUGGAACCACCCGGGCAGAGUUCCCCGUGGGCCUUGUGACCACAGCCCACCAAGGCACCUACAGGUGUUUCGGCUCCUACAACAACCACGCGUGGUCUUUACCCAGCAAGCCGGUGAAGCUCGUGGUCACGGGAGUUGAGAACACCAGCCGUGCAGACCCCACCUCUUCUCCUGCAGACUCUCCGGACCCCUCUCUCCCGACCGCAGAGACAGGAUUCCAGGAAGAAGCUGGCCUCUGGGAUCACACGUCUCAGAAUCUCCUUCGGAUCGGCCUGGCCUACCUGGUCCUCGUGGCCCUCGUGGUACUCCUGACUGAAGACUGGGCACACAGGAAGAGGACUCGGGAGGGAGCCAGCGGGGGUUCCAGCGACGGAAGCAGGACACGCUCGAGAACACGGAGGCCAAGAGAUGCAGGGGCCGCGGGUGGGACCGUGACCUCUGUGUGGGAGCCGGUCACCGCCUCUGGGGCUGAGUAUGAGGUCUCCCCACCCCGUGCUCACCCGAGACGUGAGGACUUGUUUUGAGUGGCUUGGGCAUUCUGCACCUUUCACGUUCUAGUUGGCGGCAAGGACGCUGGCGCCUCAGUGGGGAAGUGGCAGGUAGGAGUACUGUGUCUCGGGGGCGGACGUAGGACCUGGCCUGAGUGAGGGCCUCCCCGAAGAAUGGAGGGCUCUGGGCCAGCAGGCGGUGUGGUCAAGGUGCCGGACUCCUACAUGGCCAGCCAUGGUUCCAGUCCCAGACCUGGCAGCUCUCUCUCUCUCUCUAACACACACACACACACACACACGCACACGCGCACACACACACACACACACGCACACACACACAUGCACACACACACACACACACACAGCAUAGCAAAGUGAAAAAGUAAUAAUAAUAAAUAAUUCUCAGGAGGGUCCCUUCCAGCCUCCACCCUGUGGGUCGCCUUACUGAAGCAAAAUCUUGCAACGCUGGCCACAGGCCAGACCAGACGACUAUGUCCGCCGUGAGCCUUGCCGCAAUACUGGACGCGGCUUCUAGUCCAGACAGCAAAGAGAGGGGUGCAGGAAGGAGAGAACGAGGACAGAGAGGAGGAGGGGCUGGGAAGAGCGAGCCAGCGUGUUACGAAGAUUUCCGGGGACUCACACGCAAGCCCUCAGUUCUCAGUGGGCAGCACCGACGCUGCCUUGGAACUGGAGCCUUCAUGCCCCGCGUUACGUGGCGAGGUCAUCUCGGCGUUUCUCUCACGAUGGAGGAAGCAGUAACGAAUACUGCGAUGGGAGCCGCCAGCCUCUCUCCCCAGUGCCUCCGGAGCUCCUGGGAAGGGGGCCGGGUGGCUGCUUCUCUGCAGAUAAUAGACACAUAUUUGCUGGA